UUAGAAAAAAUUAAGAAGAAAUGAAAAAGUUGUUUUCUAUUAUUAAAUAUAAAAAUGGAUAUUUUCAAGAAGCAUAAAGUUGUACAAAGGAAUGAGCAACAGAAAAGUGACAACUAUGUGACAAAAAGUAGUAAUUAUGAAUCUAAAUCAAAUGUGAAGUGGAGUAACAAGGACAAAAGAAUAUUACUGGAAGCUCUAAAAAAAUAUGGGUCUGAAAAUGUUGGAGCUAUAUCAAAAAUGCUGCCAAACAUACCUUUACAAGAUAUUAAAACUAAAAUUUUUGAAUAUUCAUUAAUGGCAAAGUAUUUAUGUGAAAAUGAAUUAUUAAACAACUGGUUGAAAUGUGGAUUGUAUCAUCCUGAAGAUAGUCUCAUACCAGAAGCAUUAUUGUUUAUACAAUUAUUUGAAGAUCAUCCAUCCCCAUCUGAAACAGAAGGUUAUAAUAUCAGAGCAAUAUACAAUUUUCUUUAUCGCUCAUGCUUUGAACAACUAUCGUAUUAUGAUUUAUCAUCAAAAGAUAGAGACUUGCUAUGUUUUUUGUUAUCAAAAGUAGAACAAAAAUCAUGGCCACAAUGCCAGUCAGAUAUUUGGCAAUAUAUUGGUAGAGUUUACAAUAAAAGGAACAUAAAAAACGUAUAUCCAGGAAAGAAUGGACAUUCUUUAUAA